GACCUCACGCCUCCCGCUCGCCAUUGCCAGAUCCACCGUAGCUCUCGCUGCGCCAACCACUCGACAUGCCUCCUCGCCGACGAGGACCACGAGCGCCGAGUGCGGCCGCACCCCCUUCCCCUCCUCAGUUGCCUCGUCAUAUCCACGAAGCCUUCCCGGAGAUUCUGAGAUUGAUCUUACCAGUUCCGCAGGGAGUGCUCAUGGUGACUGGGGCUCAGAGUUGGGUGGAGCGGGCGAUCAGGAUCCGCGACGCCACUGCGUCGUGGAUCUGGCGAGUUCAGGAGUGGAAGGCGGCGGAUCGGGCGGCGGCGGCGGCGACAGACCCGAGCACGAGAUCUAUGGCGCUGCAAUAUGCGGGGACCUGUCAGAGGAGGGCGGAUCUGGAGCAGAGGACCCCGGCGAAAUUGAUCUACGACGAGGCCACGAUGGAGGAGAGGGCAAGGAUGCCCGCCUUCCCCCAAUCCCCGCCGGCUGCGUUUGUGAUGUGGGCGCGGGUGGAGGCGAAGUCAGAGGAUCCAUGGAGGGCGCGGCGGUGGGAGUGCAUGCUGGGGGGAUACCAUCAGGUGCAUCUCCGCAGCGCGCAUCCUCGUCGGCGGCGGCCAGUCGAGAUUGAGCGUGGAUUCCCAAGUGGAGGUGAGGGCUCUGGAGGGGAUUUCUGCUGCUACUUGCCACAAUUUUCAAUCCACGCCUCCUGGCUCUCCGAUUCGAGUGGCACAUAAGCGUGAGAAUCGGCAGGCGGCGUCACCGCCGGCGUUGGUUACUUCUUCUUCGGCGAGAAAAAACUAUGGGGGGCGCUCUGUCACUGCGCGGAGGGCCCUACUUGUCGGGUGUGUGGUGGAUGUGAGGCCCGAGCUAGAGACACUUGGCGACUGCUGGUUGACUGGCACUCGAAAAGAGGAGACGCCCAAGCAGAAGACGCUUCCUGCAGAUCCUAUAAGAGAGAGCAAGGCCCAGUCUGUUCCCCAAGCUAGGGUUCAUCUCCGCCGCCGCUGCGGGGCUCCUCUUGGCUCGCUAGUGUGGGUCAGGAAAGAUUUGUUUGAGUGUGGAGAGUUCUCUGCCAAAGAUUGCCACCCUAUUGGAGCGGCUGAUCACCUGCCCCUUCCGAAGCAGUUCAGUUACUCCAGGUAUUGUUGGGCUAGAGGGCACGGGAGAAUUCCAUUUGCUGAUGUGGUCCAAAGGAUGGCCGGAACUGGAAGAGAGGGUUCUCGAGGAGGAGGGAGAUAUGCAGCAGGGAGGGGAAGAAAUGAGACAGGGCGUGGUGGGACUGCUAACCCCAAAUCAUCAGGAGGAGGGGAGACGCAGCACCAGACUACUCAACCUCCUGCGACCCAGAUGCCUCCCAUCUCUAUAUACUCCAGGCCACCGAUUGUUCCUCUGCGUCAACCGAAUUAUAUGUUCUCACAGGGCCAGAUGUAUGCAGGAUUUCCCCCAGGAGGAUAUGCUCAAUUCCAGGGUGUAAGUCAGUGGCCUAUGCCACAACAACAAUUCCCUUAUCAGUUUCCUUUGCAGCCAGGCAUGAUGCCAUACCAACAGAAACUACCUUUCAACUCUGGGAGCUCGUCUGGUGGCAAUGGCCCAGCUUUACCCUCUGGAUCCAGCAAAAACAAGAAGAAAAAUCCCAAAGGGGGGCUGUGGACAACAAUGCUGAUCAGACACAGAGCAAACAGUGAUGUGGAGGGGAGUGCACCUUACGAUGUUGAUCCGAAGUUCAUUGGAGCCAUAUGCUAUAACUGUGGACUGCCUGGACACUUUGUUGGGAUGUGCUUUCUGCCCAGGAAUUGUUUCAUCUAUAAAACUCCUGGCCAUCAUAUGGAUGUAUGCCCCACCUGGUAUAAGCCAUACCUUGUUGCACACUAUUGGGGGAGUGCUAACACAGGCCUGGGGUUCUUCCAUGUUGAAGCUGGAGAUGUUAGUGAUAGCAAUUGGCUUAACUUUGGAAAUGUAGGCUUAGUGGUUGUGAAGGAAGGGAAUAUCACAGGAGAUGAGCUUGGGCAAUGUUUCACUCAGAUGUGGAAAACCAACUGGCCAUGGCAGAUAAGACCAUAUGAUAAAAACAAAUUCCUGAUGAGGUUCCCCCCAAAUAAAAGAAUUGCUGAGCUUGCUGAGUACCCAUCCAUGAAUCUGAAAAGGAAGAAAGCAACUAUAUCUUUCAUGAAAUGGGGAGGACAAAUGCCAGAAUAUGACUCCUUGACAGAAACUUGGAUAGAAGGAUUGCCCCCAAAGUGGAUAAGCUGGAGUGUUAUAGCUCAAGUGGCAUCCAUUUUAGGGGUUCUGGUUAAUAUUGAUUGGCACAUGAUAUUCAGAAGCUUUUAUGAGAAAGUGAGAAUUCAAGUUGCAGUCAGAGACCCCAGCAAAAUACCUACUGAUAGAGUGGUGGAAAUUCAGCAUGAGCUGUAUCUGUUGAGGUUUGCAGUGGAAAAAGAUGCUGAAGAAAGCUCCAACUCUGACAACCCAUCUGACCCUGCUAGCAAUAAGAUUGAGGGCACCAAUGUCAACAGUGAUGAUGAUCUACUGGGAGAAGAAAUGGAAACUGAGAUGGAAAAGUCUGGGAAAAAUAUUAAUACCCCAAGGCCAUCUGCUGCUCCUAAAGGGUCCAAAUCAAAUAGCUACAAAACUCCUGGGGCUACUUUUGAGAUUAUUACAGGCUCAAAAAAUCAGAGAGCUCCACUGACCAAAAGCUAUUUGGAAGUGGUCCAAAAGAAAACUAGAGAUGAUUUUGGAGAAAAGUUUCUACCUAGCUUUGAAGCUGCUGUAAAUCAAAGUCAUGACAAAGUUGUUGGUCUAAAAAACAACAAAACUGCUGUGAAGUGGGGGCCUAUAGAAGCCACCAGAAUGAGUGACAGGAUCAAAAGAGAUGGGAAACCUGCUCUGACCAAGGCCCAAGAAUUGAAGCAGAAGAGAGACUUGGAGAUUCCUAAAGGUGAGCUGAAUGAUAUCUGGACCAGGGAGGAGAUCAAAGCCAGGCAGAGGUCCAGAGAGAGGGACAUCCUGGAGGGAGAACAUAAUACUGGAUACUUCAAGGCCAUUGCUAACCAGAAAAGGAGAAAGAAACAAGUACUGAUGCUGGAAGGAGAAAAUGGUCCUUUAAAUGAUCUUAAAGGUGAUCGUGAGGAAGACUACAAAAAACCUAUCCUUAUGGGAGGUGGUCUGGCUAGAUGUUGCCAAGCCAGAGCUAAAAGAGAUCGUGCGGAAGCUGGAGCAGAUGGCAAGAAAUCCCCCACCCCUCCUGUGGCCAGAUCCAGGUUGAUUGGGGGAAGAUAUGGGGGAGAACUCUCUGGAAGCGAUCUGGUCAUGCUUUGAUAUACCUGGCGCCGUGGCGAUCUCCUGCACUAGUGGCCAUAUCCAGGUUGAUUGGGGGAAGAACUCUCUGGCGCCGUAGCGAUCUCCAAUGCAUGAAAAAGCGUGGAGAUGCGACUAAGGGCCGAAGCUCUAUCCCGUUUUAUCUUAGCUUCUUUCAGUUUUAGCCUUUCUAUCGUCGAGGGGAGUUUCCUCCGGCGGGCAUGUUGCUCUUUAGUUUCCUAAGCUUUUAAGCUUUGUAAUACUUAAAUUGAUACAUGACCGUGUUCUGCUGGGUUUCAUUGUUAAUGCGAUGGAGCCGGGC